UAAAACACUUUCCCCUUCUCUCUGCCAGCCUUUGGGAGGACUCUCGUCCUGACUCGGUGAAGGUUCCGCUCCCUCUUCCCCCAGCCCCUGAUCCCUCCUCGGCGCGGCAGCCCACCCAGGAGGGCAUCAGUAUCAGCCCUCUCCGGUGCGCCGGGGAAGUUGCUGACAUGCCUGCCGCUGGGUCCCGGUGCACCGGCAGCGGCGGGGAGCCGGAUUUAAAGGGGAAUUGUGCUGCAGACAAUGCACAGCAGCAGCAUCUGGAGCAGCCCUGGGGACCGGAGCUCCGGUUUUGACAUUGCUGCACACACAGCACCAGCCGCAAUGACAGCAGCUGCCUGGAGUGGCUGCAGGCAGCAGGCAGGAGCAUGAAGUAGAGAGAUCACUGCAGUGCUCAAGAUGAACUCCUCUUUGGUUGGCAACCAGAGUGGCCGGCCCUUCUGUCUCCUGGCCAUUAGCUAUUUGGAGACCAUCAAUUUUUGCCUCCUGGAAGUGGUUAUUAUUGUGUUCCUCAUGGUGCUGAUUAUUUCGGGCAACAUUAUUGUGAUAUUUGUCUUUCACUGUGCACCUCUGCUGAACCACCACACCACCAGCUACUUCAUCCAGACUAUGGCGUAUGCUGACCUCCUGGUGGGCGUGAGCUGUCUGGUGCCUUCUUUGUCUCUGCUGCACUAUCCUAUUGUUUUAAGUGAGUCUUUGGUUUGCCAAAUCUUUGGUUAUGUGGUAUCAGUGCUGAAGAGUGUCUCCAUGGCCUCCUUGGCCUGCAUCAGCAUUGACAGAUACAUUGCCAUCACGAAGCCCCUGACCUACAACACGCUGGUUACCCCGUGGAGGCUGCGAAUCUGCAUAUUGACCAUUUGGCUCUACUCCUGCCUGGUCUUCUUACCCUCCUUUCACUGGGGAAAGCCUGGAUAUCAUGGGGACGUGUUCCAGUGGUGCGCCAGUUCCUGGAACACCGAUCCCUAUUUCACCCUCUUCAUUGUGGUGAUGCUCUACGCCCCGGCCGCUUUCAUCGUCUGCUUCACCUACUUCAACAUCUUCCGCAUCUGCCAGCAGCACACCAAGGAGAUCAACGAGCGGCGGGUGCGCUUCAGCUCGCAGGAUGGGGAGGCUGGGGAGGCCCAGCCCUGCCCGGACAAGCGCUACGCCAUGGUCCUCUUCCGCAUCACCAGUGUCUUCUACAUCCUGUGGUUGCCCUACAUCAUCUAUUUCCUGCUGGAGAGCUCCAAUGUCUAUAGUAACCGCGUCGCGUCCUUCUUGACCACUUGGCUUGCCAUUAGCAACAGUUUCUGCAACUGUGUCAUUUACAGUCUCUCCAACAGUGUCUUUCAGAAGGGGCUGAAGCGUCUCUCGGGGGCCAUCUGUGCCUCGUGUGCUAGACAGAGGGUAGCUAAGGACUCCUCUACCUCUAGGAGCAAAAGAUCUUCCAAUGGAUGUCAUGUCUAGGACGCCUGUCAGCUGGACUGGGAAGUGCAGGGACAAUUGCGUAGAUUGCAAAAUAAGUUAGAUACGAUUCUAAGAUAUCCAGAUUUGCAAAAAGGUUUCUGAGAAAUGCUGCUGACAUAGGAGGAUCAGGAGCACAUAGCGUUGUGGUUUCACUUUAAAAAAUGAUUGCUGUGGAGGAGGCUGUGGAGUUUCACCUCCACAUUCAUUUUAAAGAAUAAAGCUGUAUCUUGACACUUACCUCUCCAGCUGGUGUGACUGAAUGGAGUGGGUGUCUGAGAGCUUCGGCAAAAUGUAGUCUUUCUUACAGCUUUACUGGGUUCUUUGGAGAUUCGUGCUUCACAUGUAAAUGAUAGAUCUGAAGUGGAAAUGUCACAGUCUAUGGUAUAUUACAGGGAUUUUUUUAAUAUAUGCCAAAGUAUAUUGACACAACGUUCCAGCGUCAGAACAGAAGGGGCCAAACAAUUUGUUUUUCAGUGCUACCUAGACAGGACUUGUAGAACAGGAGUUGAACAAUGUGAACAUUUCAGUGUGAACUCUGUUAAUGAGCCGUGAGUGCAGCAAUGUGGUCUGAGCAGUCAUACUCUUAGGGCUGAGGUGGCUUCCGUGCCCUGUUUCCCUGGUAGGAUGCAUGUUUGGAUCAGAGUGCGGAUCUGUGUUUUCCUGUUUGUUGUGAAGUAAGAAGAAAAACUUGGAUCAGACCAAAUUUAGCAGUUAAAUAAAAUGUAUUUUGAUAAGCUAAGAGAAAAUAUGUGUUGCUUUAUGAUACCAGAGUUGUGGCAGCCACUCAAAGAUGAUGCCAACAUGUGAAAAUUGUUCUCAAACCAGUGGAGAAAUGCCGCGGGUUUGUAUGUGGAAAUUUUCUCAAGAACAACUUUAAAAAUAACAUGUCCCCUUUUUUUUUUUUUUUUUUUUUUAAUCUAAAUUCUUCUGAUAUUUUACAUACUGGAACUUAAGGGGAAAGGAAAGAAAACAAUUGUCUUCUAAACAGCUAAGGGAACUAUGUUGUAAAUUUAACUGUAGUAUUUGAGUUAUUCAUAAGUGCACAGAGCUAAAUCAGAGACAUUUUUCUUUAGCCUUCAUGGGAUUAAAGAUGGUUCAAAUAUAGCAGGAGCUAAAUCCUGUUGGCAAAAGCAUAUCUAACUGGUCAGACAAAGGCAAUAUCUGAGGAACCAGAUCUCAUUGAACACAGCUUGUUCAAGCUAGCCUACAUUAAAUCUUUAGAGUACUGUCAUGCUGUUAAGAAGGCAGAAUGGCCCUCAAAUUGUUGAGUUUUUUGUAGAGAAUAUCCUUGUCUUUUUACUGAUGCCAUUUUGGAAAUGAAGGUGAAGCAAGUAUUCCUGUAGUGGUGGAUUGCAGUGUCCCCCUGUCCUGGAGCAGGGCUGUCCCUCUGUCUCUCCUGCUCUCAGAGCAGCUUGUGCUGUGCCCCUGACCAUCCACCCUCUGUGCCCCUCCUUGUGCUUCCAGUCACUGCCUUGGGCUGCUGAGUGGGGAGUUCCCUGAGCUCCUCUGGUACAGCUGGUGUGCUCUUAGUCACAGUGGGAAUGCAAAGAAGGAUAGGGAAAAAUAAUGUGAUAUUUUUAGAAUUGGGGUAAUUCUGUUGGCGAAAGGGAAUGCUCUGUUUAUGUUAAAUGAUUUCAAGUCUGUGUUGUUCCAUAUCAAGAUCAUAUUUUUAAUACUCUGCCCUGUCCCUCCUGGAAAUUCCCCCCUCCUCUGUGCAGUGCUGUGAGCCCUGGCCUCUCCUCUCUCUGCCUUGCCCUGGAGGAUACCAGCUUGUCUCUGCCCCAUCACAUGCCACGAUUGCUACAGCCCAGCCCUGCUGCCCAUCCACAUUUGCUCUAGUGCAGUCUCGUGGGGCUGCCAGUGAGGAAAUGGGGAAGGAGAGAGAGAGAGCAGCAGGAUGAAGCAUUCCUGGCAUGGCAUGUAAUUGUCAGCACUCAGUGCUGGUGCACUUGAGUGCCUCUCCUGGAUGUGUGUGUACCUGUUCAGGGGAGGAUGGGGCAGAACCCCCUGCUACUGCUGCCUCCUUCUGUUGGAGGGCCCUGGGGCAAAGCAUUUAAGUGGCAUCUUGAUCAGCUUCCAGCGUAUUUCAUCUCAAGAUAAACAUCCUCUUUAGUUCAUCUGAAAUUUUAAGAGCACAGGUGGUCUAAACCCUGCUGCCUUCACACCACCAUUUCUUGCUCUCCUUGUAGUAAAGAGCAGAGAGGGGCUUGUGCUGGGUCCUCGCAGACACGCCCGGGGUGCUUUGCUCGGCAGAGCCCUCUCAGUCGGAAUUUUGGUUAGACACAGCCAGCCGUGGGGGUAGCACAGGGGUGGAGUGACUCACUUGGAAAAGAAGUGGGAUAAUAAGCUUGCAGCACAUCGUGGCUGAUUGUCUCAGGCGCUCUGUGGGUAUGAUGGCAAAGGUGGGCUUCGGGGAACAAUUCAAGGGCUUUUGUCACUCAUAUCAAAGUGUGUGUGUGUGUGGUGUUCUUGGAACAGCCUCUCAGGUAAACUCCCUGUAGCCUUUCUCUGACUCUUCACCUUAUCUAACAUUUCCAAGUCUUUGAAAUGAUGCAGUGUGUCAUUGAAAUAGCAUUUGAUUAGACUUAAUAGAAGAGAAGAAUCUGCUGCGGCCUAAAACCCUAGAAACGGCAGUUUCAGGUGUAAGUGGAAGCUGGAAAGAGUGUUGCUUUUGGGGUUUUUUAUAGCUAAAUAGAGGGUUUAAACAGGAGCAUUGCAUGCUAGUUUUUGAGAAUUUUGAAAGUUUUUGGAACUGGUAAGGGGUCUAAAUCAUGGCCUAGAGAUUUAACUGGAGCUGAAGCAGUCGUUCUUUCAGCCCUGAGCCAGGAAUUGCACUUGGAGCAUGGUGGCUGAUCCAGAUGCAGAUGCAUUCUUGCAGCUGUUGCUGCUUUGCAGCAAAGGUUCACUUCUAACAUUCCUGACAGCCAGGCUGUUUUCAGUUGCCUUACUCAUCUCCAAGUCUUCCUCAGCUCGGACGUUUUCUGUAAGAGGUGAAAAUCAGAAUCUGGAAGACUCCAAGAGAUAAGGAUGAAGAGGAGUUGCAUCCAAUUGAUGCAUUCAGGUUUCAUCCACUAUACAGACACUUCUAGUGUUGCCUCAGUAGCUUAGUUUUAGUGUCAAAUAUUUAUCUUUUUGUCUGUGUUAAUUUAUUGAUAUUUUAAACAUUUAAAUUAUGGUUUUUCCCUCUUAAGUUAAUGUCGAUGUAGCACAUGUUUUGAUGUUUUAAAUAUUUGUAACCUUUGAGUCUGUUGUCUUCAGUGAAAUUGCAGGGGGUGAAUUCUGUUCACUGUGCCAACGGUGGGAAAAAUAAUUUUGACAAGCAGGACUUUGUUUCUCAGCAGUGCAUUGAACACCUUUGGUCGUGCACCCAACACAGGCACAGGGAUCCUUCCCAUCACAAUCCAUGCUAGGAGUGGUCAGGCAGCAAACUUCCCAGCUGGAUCAUUUUCAUCCUCCACACAUGAAAUGAAUCCACUUCUGGCUCUUUUUGUGUCUGGGUGCUUUGGAAAUCGGUGCUGAGAGCAUUGCACAGAUAAAUGCCACGCUGAGGGGAGGACAGAAAUCAGAUUGCAUCUUCAUAAAAAUGGGGCUGUGAUAUGAUUAAAUGAACUAAUUUUGAAGUUCCAUCUCAGACUAUAAAUUUAUUUUUUAUUAGAGUUUAUCUGCCUCACUUUAAAAUUAAGCUGCUGGAAGGUUCAAUUAGCAAGAUGCAAUUCAGUGGCUUUUUUUAGUGCCAUGGGAAGGAUUUCUAUACUCACAGCUUCUCAGAAAAUGGUAAUUUGCUUCAUGUAGAAGUCCCUUUUUUUUAAAAAAAAAAAAAUUACUGGAAGUUUAGGUUGUGAUUAUUUUGUCAUUUUCCAAAUAUACUGGGAAAAUAGCUGUGAAAUACAUUUUUUUUUAUGAUCUCAAUCAAGGGACAGUAUUUUUAAACUCAACAGAAAUCUUUUGUGUCAAACAAAAGUUUUGCUUUUAUCUACUGUUAAUUUUUUUUUGUUAGAUGUUACCAGUUUCUACAGUCUUCAUUUGUUGGUGGGGAGUUUGUACUUGUUUUUAAGCUUCUUAUCACUCAGAAAUAUGUUUCUACUACUUGGAAUUCUGACAUGGCUCAGUGUCAGAGUGCCAAGGGGCAGUUUUGGAUAUUUGUCACAAGUCUUUGACAGGAGGAAAAGGGUACAAAGUACCGAGGCACAGAGAAUUGCAAGAGACAGAGAAUUCCCAAUGGCAUUGUUCCCUCCUGCUCAUAUAAAGGCUUUAUGUGUGAGAACCCUACAUUUCAGUUUGUCUGUUCUGAAAAAAGACAUUUCCAAGGCCUGGAUGUGAUACGAGAUGGAAACAUUCAGUGUGCAAAUUCAAUAUGCAGACUUUUUGCUUUUUAUUGUGGUGUUCCCAAGUGCUGUCAUCAAGGCAGUAAUUCUAUGAGUCAGGAAGUCUGAAAUAUUUCACAUAUUAUACAUGAAAUAUUUAUACAAGUCUGAUCUAUCUUCACAUCAGGUUUUGAAGUUAACAGAACUUCUAAGUCAGGUUGGUGCUUUAAAAAAUAUUUCUUAGGAACCAGUAUGUGAGCACAGGAAUCUGCCUUCAGACUUUACAAACAAAAGACCCUUUUAAAAUUUUUCUGAUUCAUCUGUUUUAGAUAAUUUAAUAAGAGGAGGUGGAGGUUUUGGAAGGCUUUUUUUUCAUUGUUUUAGCACAUGUUCAGUUCUGAAUUUUUGAAGCACCUGCUGAAGCUUUUGCCUGACUUGACCCUUAUUUUAUUGUUUGGUUUAGAAAUGUUUCUUCUUCCCUUCUAUGAUUUUGCAGAAUACAACACAUCCUUUCCAUGCUGUCAUUCAAGAUAAACUCAGAUUUUAAUCCAAGUUUAUCCAAAUGUUACCUUUAAUGUUCCCUGUAUGGUGAAUGCUGUUGUGUGUGUGGGGCUGUGAGGAGCUUGCAGCUGGUCAGGUUUUACAGACUGUCUCCAAAGCAAACAGCCCCUCUUUGGGAUGGUGGGAGAAUGUUCCAUUUUCACUAGUGAAGUGUAUUCUUCUGGGCCAAUGUCUGACUUCCAGUUGGUAUUUCCAUUAUUGCCCGGGCUCUGCAGAGGUACUGCUUUGAAAGAUGUUUCUGCACAUAAACAAAGGCAUUUAAUACUAAAGUUAUGCUUCUGGAAGGGGAUAUUUAAAUUAAAAUUUAAUAAGUGUAGGACCAGGUGCAGUUGUGUUCAGAGAAAGAAACUGAAAGUUGUGGUGAUGGAAACAAAGAGAGGAAACCUGCUGGAGGUCAGUCAAAACAAUGGAGUAUUUAAUGUGGGUCAUUUUCUUUACAAUACACAGUAUUUCUUUUAAAUAUGGAGUUUAACCUUCUUGCUUUUGCUUUGCUGCUCCCUGGAGGCAGCUCCUCUGAGCCUGGGGGUCUCCCACACCCACCCCAAAGGGAUUCCCUGCAGACCUGGGGUGACGAUCAGCCUCUGAUUUGAGUUCAGGUAAUGUCAGUCCAUGUCACUGUCUGAGGUGUUCAGCCACAGGGAGUUAAUCUGAUGGGAUAUACUUACUUUGGUCAGCUUUUCAGGUUUUUUUCUUGUGAUGUUGUUUUCUAGACAGGUGAAAUGUUUGUUUUUAGAGGCAGCUUUGCUGAUGGUUCUGCACACAAUGUUGAUUUCUGUCAUCUGUCAGUUCUUAUCCCAUUGCAGAGUGGAAAACAAGCCCCAGUCUGUCAGCUCUGCAGGCAUUCAGUGUGGCUGCAGAUGGAGGUGUUUGUGGGUCUCACCCAUAUCCCAUUUGCAUCUCCUGAGCUUUAGCAGUUAAUGAAGACAUUAGCAGAAGUGAUGCCUGUGUCCUGGUCCAGGUUGUUUCUUUACAUCUCAGAUGUCCUUCAGCAAUCUGUGAAUCAGAACUGAUCCUCGUGCUGGUGAUUUGGUGAUUGUUUCAGCUGAGAAACAGAAGUUGUUAAAGUCAUCUUUGUUUUGUCCUGAAGCUGUUUUGGGGUUGUGUUGCAAUCCCUGAGCUGAUCAUAGGAUGAUCUCCAGGGGAGCUCAGGAGGCCCCAGGUCCCUGUGGAACAGACCUGUUGGUGGGUUGGUAACCAGUAGCUUUAUUGGCUGAGAAGUUUAAACAAGUGAUAAUGUUUAGAUGGGGGUUGACAGAGACACCUGUGUUUGGAAGGGGGCGAUCAGGGAAGGCUCCACCUGCCUGCGCGUGAGGCCUGAGGUGCAGCACAGGGGGAUGGAACAGAGCAGGCAGUCCAGACUUUCUGUUCUGACUUCUUUAGAAAUUUGUAAGAUGAGGAUAGCAAGUUUGUAAUUCAAAGCUUUGGCUUAUUUCUGAUGGUCUUUACUGGAGAUCCUUCCAUUAAAAGGUGAAAUAAAUUCGAGUGUCUCCUCAUAAAGAUGAACUCAAAUCUUGCUGUGCAUAUGCGAGUCAUUCUCAGUGUUACACAGACCACGUGAACCAAGCAAUCAAAUGCUUAAUAAACCAAGUCAUUACUUUUAUGGUAAAUUGAAAAAAGUUCUUCUGGGAUUUCAACUGUAAAUGAAUCCUUGAAAAUCAAUAAUUAGAUUAGUAAAGGAUGACGUUUUAAUAUGCUGGCAGGAAUAUAGAGGGAUUUGUCAGGGGAAGCAAAAUCAGACUUUGCACUAAAGUGGCUUAGGUAUAUUUAUAGUUCUAGUGAUUCUGUGUGUGUGUGGGAUCUUUGGACUGUUUUAAUAUAAUGUAAGGCUUUGAGCUUUAGCAAACUCAAGUUGCUCGUUUUAUGAAGUUACAUUAGUACCACACUGUGAAGUAUUUUUAAAUAUUAGCAUUACUAAGUAUUAAAAGUAUUUAAUAAAAACAUUUUUUAAAACGUUUUCUGUAGAAGCUGUCAAAUGAAUUGUUGUUUAAUGUACAAAGAAAUAAAACCUGAGGGCUGUAAGGUACCUGUAUGUUUCUGAUCACCUCGGUUUUUGAGGGGUUAGGUAUUUCUUGAGGUUAAAUUGUCAUUAAAACCUACAAAAAAUACUGGUGCAGUUAAUCCUUUCAGAGAACAGAAAGCAGCAUUACCUCCAGCCAUGCUUUUGAACUGUCUGAAAGGAUUUGCAAUCAUUGUAUUGUCUUGACAGACUCAUGUCUUUAGAAAUGCUGUACAGCACAGUCUUUUGCAAGUUCCUAUGCUGAUACAUUUCUCUCCAUAUGUAACCUUUGAAAUCUAGUUUCUAUUGUAAUUCUAGCAUGUAAACACUAGAUUCAAUUUUGUAUUCCUCUAAUGAAUGCAACAGGAUGGAAACACGUUUGCAAUUGCUAAUGAUGAGCUUUUUUACUGUUCUUAAUACUCAUGGGUAUGUCUUUUCUUCAGGGAUUUCAGAAUUGUAUUCGUACCUUUUUAAAUUGUUUUUUCACAUGCUGUUUACAAUUAAACCACGAGCAUGGGAGGCUGUGCGUGCAUGUGCUUUUAGGUUGCUUUGCUGAAUGAAAUACAGUGGAGUGAUCUUACUCUAAAACCUCUCUCUUGCCCAGAGAGGUUUUGGCUGCCCCUGGAUCUCUGGAAGUGUCCAGGGCCAGGCUGGACAGGGCUUGGAGCAACCUGGGAGGGUGGAAGGUGUCCCUGCCCAUGGCAGGGGUGGAACUGGAUGAUCCAUUCCAACCCAAACCGCUCCAUGGCUCUGUGAUGCUCGUUUUUCCUUGUGUCCCACCUGUCUCCUUGUACCCUUCACAGUAUCUGGUACAGCAGAAGCCACCAGUGGGGUUAUUCUGGUGUGUUCUGUGGAGACCUGACAUUGUCAGAGGUUGUUAUGAGGAGUUUUUUUUGGGAGGCAAUCCAGCUCCUUACACAAGUAGUGUUCCAACCGAUAUAUUUUUCCUGAAUGUCAGUUAAAAGGCCAAGAGUAGAUGAAAUCACAGGUGCGAAUGUGUAUGUGUGUGUUUGUAAGAACUUCGUGCACCUUUUAAUGCUGGAAGUUGUUUUGUAUUAAAAGAUGAGAAAGAGCUGUGAGUGUAGAACCCCUGCUAGGAAGAACUGUGGAGAAAUCUCCACCAAAGCAGAUUAGAAAAAUCAGCAAGUGAAUUAGAGGCAGUCUGACUCUGGAGACUCGAAUUCUGGUUUAGUUCUGACACAGUGGGGUCUGUCUGGGUGGGCUCCUCGAUGGUCCUUGGCACUGUUGGGUCUGCUGUGGCUCAGACGAGGGAAGGGUGUUCUCCUGCACAAGGCAGCUGAGGAAGAGUUUAUGCUGAGGCUCCAGAAUUACCUGUUUUGUGCCAACUCAGAACUGUUGUUAAAAUACAGGGGAGAGGGGUUCUUCCACCCCAUGGUUUUAAUAGACAUUUCUGUAGCUGACUUUUCAACUAAGACUAAUAAUAAGAAAAACUACAGUUGAGCCAAAAAUGACAAAUGUUACUGAGUUAAAAUAAUACUUGCAUAUUUUUAAUUAUUAAAUGGAACUAGAUAAAUUGGAAGCAUGUAAAUAACUGAUUCUAAAUCUUUGCGUAAUUAUUUCCAAGAGGUAAUUUUGCUAUGAGCUAUUAAAACUCCAAGAAGUGUAUUAUUCCCUUUUGAGAUGGUGUGUACCCCAGCUGUGUCAUACAUCUCUUGGCUUGUUUCCUUUUUGCUGUAGAUGUACAUACAUAUAUAUAUUUGUGUGCUGUGCAGUUGUACAGUCACUGCCACGUUAAAUUGAUUGCUUUCAAAUGACUAUAUCUGUGUAUUUUACAUAUGUGUGUAUAUGUAUAAGCAGUUUAACAGGGCAGUGGUUGUACAGCCACAGAGUUUAGGGCUUUGUACAAUAUGUAAUUUUAAGAAUGUCAAUGUGGUUCUUUAGCAGAUUUUAUAAAACACUUCUCCGAAUCUGUUAUCAGCACUUCCCAUCCUACAAGAAACUGCACAUUUUUCAGUGAUUGUUCCACUGGUUACAUUUUUGUCUGCCAUUUGUUCUGGAUUGAUGUAAUCUUGAUACUACUAAAAUUUCAAGGGCUGUUGACGCAUUUCACAUAGCCUGGGAUUGCCUGUUCUCCAAAUAUAUGGAUCAUGCAUCAACAGUACUAAGUAGCCUUACUGUUUUGCCUAAAAGCCUAGCUAAUUUAUUUAAUAUUCUCUCUUUAAAGAGAGGUCUUUGGAAGGGGUGGCAUAUUUUAGGAUGCUCCUUCUCUUUAAAGGGAAACUCGGAAUUGACUAGCAGUACUUGUUGAUCAGUGAUAUUAUUGUAGCCAAAGGAUGCAUGGGUGGUUUAAUAGGAAGUUUUUGCUUCAAGUUUCUUGAUGAAAUGUAGUGUUCUACAGAGCUGUGUGAAGAGUGUAGUUUUUUAUUCUGAAAUGCACUUGUACACUUUAUUUGAAAGGUCUGAAUGGAUCAUAAAUACAUUUAAGAAAUAAAUGAUACAUCACAUGUUUUCA